CCCACCAGCACCCACCAUCCCACCACCACCCCACUACAAGGCUCCGCCCCUUCCCCCACCAGUCCCCCUUCACCAGACCAGUAGACCUCCAGGACCUCCAGGACCUCCAGGACCCAAGUCCCCCAAAUCCCCCAGCGGAUCAAUGAAAAGUCCCCCACAGAGACCUCCGGUCCGGACGGCGUCUGUGGACAGACGAGGGUCUCAGUCUAAAUCUCCACAGACCCCGACUCCUCCGACACCCAAACCCAGGAGCACUUUCUCCAAGCAGAAGCUUCAGAGGGUGAAGGCCAUCUAUAACUGUGCGGCCGAUAACCCCGACGAGCUGACGUUCUCGGAGGGGGAGGUGAUCGUGGUGGAGGGGGAGGAGGACAGCGAGUGGUGGGUCGGUCACAUUGAAGGAGACCCGAGCCGGCGAGGAGUUUUUCCCGUCACCUUCGUCCACUUCAUCACAGAGUGAUGUCUUUGGGGACGAAGACUCGGCGUGUCCUCUGUCCUUUAUCCUCUGUCCUCUAUCCUCUGUCCUCUUUUCUCUGUCCUCUGUCCUCUAUCCUCUGUCCUC